AUGAUUACUUCAAAGGCGGGAGCAUCAUAAAGUCCAAUCCAUAUUCCUCUUGCAGCUAAUCAGAGAAGAAAAUACGAUUACAAUGGAAUAAAAUAAUCUCCAAACAUUCAUUUCAGCAUUGCUUAUUAAACAAUUUAGGAUCUGCAAUUCGUAGAUGAGAAUGAUACUAUCUCUGCAUAUGAGAAUUUUGGGAAUAUGAGUUUCACUACUCAUUUCGGCUAAAGUUUUGACCUUCAAGCUUCAUAAAUAAAGAUUCAUGCUCCAAGUGAACACAAGUUAAAUGAGUUGCAUAUGGAUGUUGAAGUGUAAAUCAUUCACACUGAUAAAAUGACAGGCUAACCCUAAGCUGUUGUAUCCCUGUUUUAUGACUAAGAUCAUGCCAAAUACUAGCAUAAUCCUUUUCUUGAAAACUUUGUGUUGAAUGGCAACAGCUCUAAGAAUGUCCAAAAGUUUAAUCUAGCUUAAGCCUUCAAAAAUAUCACCUCUCUUAAUAAAAGACUCUUCUAUUACUAGGGUUCAAUGACAACACCACCUUGCUAAUCUGGAAUUUAAUGGUUGAUUGUUAAUGAAAUUCAGCCAUUAUCUACCGAUUAAUAUAAUUAUUUCUAUGGUAAAUGGAUGCAUAAUCAUACUUUCGCAGAUGGAAAUGGUAACAAUCGUAAGGUAUAUCCACUUGGUGGAUUUAGAAAAAUUUAUUAAAAGUUUGAUCAUGUUAAGGCUCUUGAAAUUAUUGAAUGA